AUGAAGCAAUGCAAUUCCCCAUGAUAAAAAAUGCAAUCAACGCCUUAAGGUACCAACUUCCAGCAGAUACAACGAAACAAAGAGUUGCGGAACAAACAUGCUUAGCUCUUCUUCAAUCGUGCAACACUCUCACUAACCUCACACAAAUCCACGCGCUCAUUCUCAAAUUGGGUCUCCGAAAUAACCCACUUGUUCUCACCAAGUUCGCUUCCACCUCUUCCGACCUCAAUGUCAUACACUACGCUUCCUCAUUCCUAUUCUCCUCUGUUGAAGCUGAAGCUGCUUCCCCUAAUCUAUUCUACGAUACCUUCCUCUUUAACACUGUUAUCAGGGCUUAUGCUCAAACGGGUGACUCCAAGUUCAAGGCUUUACAUUUCUACCGAACCAUGCUUCAUUAUGGGGUUUUGCCUAAUAAAUUCACCUACCCUUUUGUCCUCAAGGCCUGUGCUGGCCUUGCCAGUUUGAGUUUGGGACAAUCAGUUCAUGGUUCUUUGGUAAAGUUUGGAUUUGAGGAUGAUCUUCAUGUUCAGAACACCAUGAUUCACAUGUAUUGUUGUAGCGAGGAAGGGUUUGAGUUUGCUAGGAAGGUGUUUGAUGAAAGUCCUAAGACGGAUUCGGUGACGUGGAGUGCCAUGAUUGGAGGGUAUGCGCGUUUGGGACGUUCUGCACCCGCCAUUGGGUUGUUUAGGGAAAUGCAGGUUAUGGGAGUUUGCCCUGAUGAGAUAACCAUGGUUUCGGUUUUAUCUGCUUGUGCUGAUUUGGGUGCACUUGAGCUGGGGAAGUGGUUGGAAUCUUAUGUUGAGAGGAAGAACAUACCAAAGUCUGUUGAGCUAUGUAAUGCGCUGAUAGACAUGUUUGCAAAGUGUGGUGAUGUUGACAAAGCUAUGAAACUGUUUAGACAAAUGGAAGCGCGCACCAUAGUUUCGUGGACUUCAGUGAUUGUUGGUUUGGCAAUGCAUGGUCGUGGCUUAGAGGCUGUUUCUUUGUUUGAUGAGAUGAUUGAAGAAGGUAUGGCCCCUGAUGAUGUUGCUUUCAUUGGGGUGCUCUCUGCUUGUAGUCACUCCGGGCUAGUUGAUAAAGGACGGUGCUAUUUCAAUUCAAUGGGGAAGGAUUUUGGCAUUGUGGCCAAGAUAGAACACUAUGGAUGCAUGGUGGAUCUUUUGAGUAGAGCUGGACUCGUCAAAGAGGCGUUGGAGUUUGUUCGAACGAUGUCUGUUGAGCCAAACCAAAUCAUUUGGAGAACCAUAAUCACUGCUUGCCAUGCCCGCGGUGAACUCAAGCUUGGAGAGAGCAUCUCAAAAGAGCUAAUCAGAAGUGAGCCAAUGCAUGAAUCUAACUAUGUUCUGCUUUCAAACAUUUAUGCAAAAUUGCUACGCUGGGAGAAGAAGACCAAGGUUAGAGAGAUGAUGGAUAUGAAAGGGAUGAAGAAGAUUCCAGGGAGCACCAUGGUUGAGCUAAAUAAUGAAAUGCAUGAGUUUGUUGCUGGUGAUAAGUCGCAUAAUCAGUACAAGGAAAUAUAUGAAAUGGUGGACGAGAUGGGAAAGGAAAUAAAAAGGGCAGGAUAUGUACCUACAACAUCACAGGUAUUGCUUGAUAUUAAUGAAGAAGACAAAGAAGAUGCUUUGUAUAGACACAGUGAAAAGCUUGCUAUAGCUUUUUCUCUUCUGAAUACGCCCCCAGGAACACCCAUUAGAAUUGUGAAGAACUUGCGUGUUUGUGAAGAUUGUCAUUCUGCUACUAAGUUCAUAUCUAAGGUUUAUAACCGAGAGGUUGUGGUGAGGGACCGCAAUCGCUUCCACCAUUUCAAGAAUGGUUUGUGCUCCUGUGGAGACUUCUGGUAACAAAUUGGUUAGAGCAUCUUAGAUUUUCUAUUCAUAUGCCGAAAGCUUCAAAAUUUCUGUUCUGGAUAGCAUUCCAAAACUAGCAUUUUAUGGAAGGAUUUAAUCAUCAUGUGCUGAAUCAUGUUUGAAAACUAACCAGUGAAAAGUUAUAGCCCAGAGUCACUUUGAACCCCCUCAUACGAUAACAAUUCUUCUGCUGAGGUUAAACAAGGAUGUCAUCAUCGGUUGGUUACUCUUCCCUUCAUAAAUAGAAACCAAGGCUAAAAACGAUUUUUGUUGCCAAAUUUUGUGAUGAUGGCAUCCCAGCUUUGUUAUUGAAAAAGCAAGCACAUUUACAUUGGGUUUCAUGAUCAAGUUGAUAAAAUUACAUGCUUUAAUUUGUUUCACUAAA